UAUCCCAGCAUUCACCGCGUGAUCUGCAGUGUAUUGACAAAGAACAGAGCGAGAGAAAAAAAACAGGGUGGGAUCAUCAAAACAGUAGCCUAACGUGCCUAAAGCAACCCUUAUAAAUUGACGGCGAAAAGCAGGACCACACCAUGCCCUUAAGGAGCUGAGAGUGGGAAGGCCCAUUGAGCCAGAGUGGAGGUCAAACACCUGCACAUCUCCCCGAGAGAGAGACGCUGCCCUGCCAAACAGAGGACGAGAGACAGGGGAGCAGAAGAGAGCUCAGCUGGAGCCAAUGCAGCAGCAGCAGGGCCGACAGCCGGAGCUUGUGGAAGGAAGCCUUCCCGUGUUCGUGUUCCCCACAGAGCUUGUCUUCUAUGCCGAUGAGCAGACGUCCCACAAGCAGGUGCUCACCCUCUACAACCCCUAUGAGUUCGCACUCAAGUUCAAAGUGCUAUGCACAGCGCCAAACAAGUAUACCGUGGUGGAUGCCACCGGAGCGGUCAAACCACAGUGCUGUGUUGACAUAGUGAUCCGACACAGAGAUGUACGGCCCUGCCACUAUGGGGUGUAUGAUAAGUUCCGGCUGCAAGUGUCGGAGCAGAGUCAGAGGAAGGCCCUGGGCCGGAAGGAGGUGACGGCCACGCUGCGGCCCUCGGCGGCCCAGGAACCCCCCAGCCCCCGUCCUCAGGAGGAAGAGGGCAGGCUGAAGGUGCAGCUGGCCGACAGUGUGUUCUUUGAACAGACUGCAUUCCAGACAGAGAGCCGGGUUGUGUCAGGAGGGCCCAGUCUCCUGACCGUGCUGCUGGGAUUGGUGUGUAUGGCUGCCCUCAUGCUCCCUACCCUGGGGGAGCAAGAAUCCACCGUGCCUGUCUACCUCCACUUAAGUGUUAACAAAAAACUUGUAGCUGCUUAUGUUCUAGGUCUUCUUACAAUGGUUAUCCUGCGUACAUGAAGUUCAUUUCUCACUGGAGUGAGAGAAAGAAAGGAAUAGAUGAAGCAAAAUAAAAAAGAAGAGGAUUUUCACACAUCCAAGGCUAUGUGUGACAGGGUAGUGGGGGGGGGGACGGGGGACGGGGGGUGGGGUAUCAGGUCAAUUUGCCCCCGUCCUCUAAAAACACAAAUUUACAUCUUCAAAAUACAAGACUGAACUGAUGCAAAUAACAUAGACCUUCAGCGCUGAAGCUAGAAGGGGAAAUGCUCAAUGGCUGUGAGUCAGAGGCCCUGGGCUGGUAUAGACAUAUUGUGGAGGGGGUAGGGCUUGAAUUAAAAAUGUUGUUUGACUUCAUAUACCCUUGUCUGUCUGUCUGUUUUCAUGGUCAUUUUGUACCAGAAAAUGGUGAACUGAGUGUUUAACUGAUUGGCUGUUAUACAAUGGUAAACUUUAACAUGAUAAAUAAAUGUAUAUUAAAAAAAAACAUUACGCUUUUGUCCUGUCCUCAACGGUAACCACAUCUAAUGCUUAUGUUGGUGUCAACUUGAUACAAACCAUUUUUUUUUUUAUAGCAUAGCUUCUGACUAAAUGCAGUUGAAUGCAUGUGGGAAUAUUUGGAGUGUUACAUUUCAGCAACAAUACAAGGUUUGACAUGUGACCAAAGGAAUUGAUUUCUUCCUAUGAAAGACAAUGGUUUACUUGCUGUACACCUUAUCAUUGUUGUUACUUAAAAAUGUUUAAUAAAGUCCCAACACUCGUC